CACUCUCGGAGUUUCCGACGCAGCUUUUCAUUCUCUUUCUGAUAAUCGAUUCCAAGGUUGUCAUAAAGUUCCACGAGAUUUCUCAUCUCAUCACAUUGACUGUUUCUACUGGGCAAACGCAAACCAUUGGUCUUCUUCUAGUCCGCGGAUAUCUAUGGCGUAUUACAGAGAUGAUCGAGAUGCAACCUUUGAACAGAUGUAUCGUUGUUACCCAGUCUCCUUCAUUGAAAAGUCAGAUCUGGAAAAGGGUGAUAAAAUUAUCAUGCCCCCUUCGGCCCUUGAUCGCCUUGCAUCUUUGCACAUAGAGUACCCAAUGUUAUUUCAAAUUAGAAAUCCUUCUGCUGGAAGAGUUACUCACUGUGGGGUGCUAGAAUUCGUGUCUGAUGAAGGGAUCAUAUACAUACCAUACUGGAUGAUGGAAAACAUGCUCCUCGAAGAGGGAGACAUUGUAAAUGUGAAAAACACCAACCUUGCAAAAGGAACAUAUGUGAAGCUACAGCCUCAUACAAAGGAUUUUUUGGAUAUCUCCAAUCCAAAAGCCAUCUUGGAGACCUCACUUAGGAGCUACUCAUGUUUAACAACGGGUGAUACUAUAAUGGUUGCUUAUAACAACAAGAAGUAUUACAUUGACAUAGUUGAAACUAAACCCUCUCAUGCAGUCAGUAUAAUUGAAACAGACUGUGAAGUUGAUUUUGCUCCACCGCUUGAUUAUAAAGAACCUGAGAAACAGGCAACAUCUGUUCCAUUUGACAGGAAACGACCAGAAGUUGAAGAGGAGCCAGCAACAAAGAUUGCUCGGUUCAGUGCAUUCAGUGGAUCUGGAAGACGUUUGGACGGUAAACCCUCAGCACAAUCAGUUGAAAAAUCAUCGUCUCCAAAUCUAAAUCAGAAACAGACUGACAAUAAAAUCAAGGGUUCAGAUUCUAAGCCAUCAGAUACUGCUUCACACAGUCGUAGACCUUCUGGAAAGCUUGUGUUUGGGUCAAAUGGAACUACAUCUGCCAUUCAAACAGCACCUAAGGCUUCUCUGAAAAGGACUAGUGAAGAGAAAUCCCAGAAGGAAGAAGAGCCAAAAUUCAAAGCUUUCACAGGAAAGAAGUAUUCAUUAAAAAGUUGAUACUCGUUGGGUAUUAGUUGAGCCAACGCUGUUUAGAACUUACUCCAGAUUCCACUCUUGCAUAUCCAUGUUUUUUGUGUCGUACAUAUUUAUUAGAUUUUACCUAAUGAAGCAAGAAUUUAUCACGUCUAACAAUCCGAAGGAUACCUUAGUCAAUGAUUGCAUUUACAUGAUCAAGUUGAGUUUUCU